UUUCAGAAAGAUAUAAAAAUGUUUAAUAAUUAUUUUAUAAAUUUGUUCUUCACUUUGGCAUUUUUGUGUAUUAUACAAAAUUGCCCAAUUAAUGCCUACAUAUUUGAUUGUUUAAAUGGAUGUAUGUGUAAUACUGACGAAUCUGCCGUCCACUGCCACUCACUUAAUUUGGAAAGUUUGGAAGUACCAAAAUCAAAAUUAAGAGGAUUUGACGUUAUUGGUCUAACUAAUAAUAAAAUUAAAAAUUUACCUACCGAAAGUGAAUUACUCAAUAAAUUUCCUGAUUUGAAGGCCGUUGAUCUUGAAGGAAAUAGAAAUUUUGAUUGUUCUUCAUUGGAGAAUUACAAAAAGUUAACAAUUUUGAGUGAUUGUGGCAAAACAGAGGAAGAGUUGGAAGAACAGAAAAAGAAAUUGCCGACUUCAGGAAAACCCACAGAGGUAAAAACAUUUGUUUAA